AUGGAUCUCGACGUCAACUGGUUGCGACCAGAAAACCAUCGUCAACAAUCUUCGGGUCUUGGCUGCCGUAGCGCUGUCUCGAAUACAUGGGUACCUCACGAAUUACGUAAAUCGGAAAAUGCGUCAAGAAAUAGUGCCCAUAGAGCGUUGCUUUUCCGUGAAGACGAGAAUAACAUUUUCAAGGACAUCGUAUAUGGACGAGAGUAG